AGCCUCGUUAUCCGUUUGCUGCAGCCUUUCCGCAGACCCGCCCUUCUCCUGCCGCCUCACCUGGCCCUCCUGUCUAGCGGCUAUAGAGCAGCGAGGAACAAGAUGCUGGUGGCGACUGCAGCAGAUAGGAACAAGGAUCCGAUCCUGGAAGUGCUGCGACAGUACGUAGACCCUGCAGCCCCCAAGGUGCGGGCUUUGGAGGUGGCAUCGGGUACUGGACAACACUGCGCACACUUUGCUCGGGCAUUGCCGAACCUGUAUCUGGUCCCCUCAGAGCUGGACCCACGCAGUCUGCAGAGUAUCUCCGCAUAUAUCUCCCACUGGUCACUCAGUAACGUGGAGCAGCCCCGGACUCUCGAUGUCUCCAAAAGCUGGGAGACUUGGGGCUUUAAACCCAAUUCACUGCAACUCAUUAUCUGCAUCAACAUGAUCCAUAUCUCUGAGCCUAGCUGCACACAGGGUCUUUUUAAAGGAGCAGGCCACCUAUUGCAGCCUGGAGGUGUGCUGUUUACUUAUGGGCCAUACUCCGUGAACGGAAUCCUAACCCCACAGAGCAAUGUGGAUUUUAACCUUAGUCUGAAAAGCAGAAAUCCUGCCUGGGGAGUGUGGGAUACAUCUGAUCUCCAAAACCUAGCAACAGCCUGCGGGAUGUCACUGGAGAGGAUGGUGGAUUUGCCAGCCAACAAUAAAUGUCUGAUCUUCCGAAAGAAGUGACCCCUGGCCUGCUGUGGCUCAUUGUGCCUAAGUGAACAUUGUUUGUGUUAGUGACUGUAGGGCUUGCGUGUAUAAAUCAUUUAUGUAUGGAAACUUUGUGUGUGUGUGUGAGAAAUAUAUAUGGAGGGGUAUACCUGAUACUCACUGGAACGGCAUGUUUUUUAUUGCACGCUAUAACAUUAAACGUUUGGAGCUUUA